GCUUCGUCUCUUUCGUCCCGAUCGGGCCAAAAUCAAUAUUUUUCUUCUUCAGAGAGACGAUCUUCGACGGUUCCUGCUUCUGCAAACCCUAGUUAAACCCUAGAUUUUGCGUCGAUUUCGCCCUAAUUUCUCCCCUCAUUGUGCUGUUUCAGUGUUUAGGAGUUGAGUGAAGUUCCAGUUGGGCGUGUGGAUGGCGUUUCUUGGUUGAAAUUUCUGUAGUAAAAAUGUCUGUUUCCGAGCUCAAGGAGCGGCAUGUGGCGGCCAUUGAAACGGUCAACUCUCUCAGAGAGCGAUUGAAGGAGAAGAGGCGUUCGUUGCUAGACACCGAUGUAGCUGGGUUUGCGAGGUCUCUGGGGAAGAAUCCCGUCUGCUUCGGAGCCACGGAUCUCGUGUGCUGUAGAACUCUGCAGGGUCAUACUGGAAAGGUGUAUUCCUUGGAUUGGACUUCAGAGAGAAAUCGAAUUGUCAGUGCAUCUCAAGAUGGGCGUUUGAUAGUGUGGAAUGCUCUAACAAGCCAGAAGACUCAUGCCAUAAAGCUACCCUGUCCUUGGGUCAUGACUUGUGCUUUCUCACCUUCUGGUCAAUCUGUAGCGUGUGGUGGUCUUGACAGCGUUUGUUCUAUCUUCAACCUCAACUCUCCAACUGACAAGGAUGGGACCCUACCAGUGUCCAGAACGCUUAGCGGGCAUAAAGGGUAUGUUUCCUCUUGUCAGUAUGUUCCAGAUGAGGAUACUCACCUCAUUACUGGCUCUGGGGAUCAGACGUGUGUCUUAUGGGAUAUUACUACUGGACUUCGGACGUCUGUUUUUGGAGGUGAAUUUCAGUCAGGACAUGCAGCGGAUGUAUUGAGUGUCUCUAUUAGUGGAUCCAAUUCCAGAACGUUUAUUUCUGGUUCGUGUGAUGCAACUGCUCGCUUGUGGGACACUCGGGUUGCUAGUCGAGCAGUGCGGACGUUUCAUGGGCAUGAAGGGGAUGUUAAUGCUGUGAAGUUCUUUCCAGAUGGUAAUCGAUUUGGAACUGGUUCUGAUGACGGCACUUGCAGAUUAUUUGAUAUCAGAACUGGGCAUGAACUCCAAGUUUAUCAUCAGCUGCACAAUGAUAAUACCACCCCGCAUGUAACUUCCAUUGCAUUCUCCAUAUCCGGAAGGCUUCUGUUUGCUGGAUACAAAAAUGGCGAUUGCUAUGUGUGGGACACUUUACUUGCAAAGAUGGUUUUGAACUUGGGAUCACUUCAGAACUCACAUGAAGGGCGGAUUAGUUGCUUGGGUUUGUCUGCUGAUGGAAGUGCUUUAUGUACAGGAAGUUCGGAUUCAAACCUGAAGAUAUGGGCUUUCGGAGGUCACCGGAAGGUAAACUAAGCAUGGGAAGGGAAGGGAAGGGGAAGAGUUUUAAAGGGAUGUGUGUGGGGUGUAUUCAUUCUCUGUAAUGCCUUCAGUUUCACUGCAAGCCGCCUGUGUUUUGUGUAUGCAUGCCAUUGCCAGCCAAACCCAUUGUUCUUGCUUCUUAAAAUCCUUCAUAUUCUUGGUAAGUAAAAUCCAUGCUCUGUUCUUGUCUUGUAAGUUGUAGUCUUGAAAAUAGACAAUCUGAACAUUUCCAAAAGGAAAAAAUGGAAAAUGGCUUUCUUGAUCUGGACAGCUUUUCGUUAUCUGUUGUCUGUUUCUUUUCUUUCUUUUUGUUAAUCUAAUAUAUUUUUUCACUUAUGAUAAAUGUGACAUUGUCAA